AUGGAACAAGGCACCCCUCCCCGCCUGCUGAACCUCAUCCCGGAUGACAAGGGGUGGCAGGCGAGGGAAGCUCAAGCAGGCCACGGAGGAACAAGGCCAACACUCGAUGCCGAGCACGAAGAGGACAAGGAGCUGGACCUCAAGCUCGGCCUCCCCGGCGUCCACCAACACGAAGAAGAGACUGGCCCAGGCAGGAGCUGCUCGGCGGCCUCCCUGGCGCGCUUCGCCACGCAUUCAUGCCUCACCAGCACCACCACCGGCGCCAAGAGAGGCUUCUUCGACGCCGUUGGGGCCAAACCACAAGGUUAUGAUCGGAGGCAGCAAGAGGACAGGGAAGGGCGUGCACCUGUGCACAGCAGCAGAGACACCCAGGGGAGAGCUGCUGUUGUUCCGGUGGUCGGUUGGCCUCCAGUCCGAUCCUUCAGGAGAAACCUCACAACUGGAACUUCAUCUAAGCAACAAUCCCCUGAGCGACAAAACGUCGAGGCCACCGACAGAGCGAAGCCGGUCUGCAAGAAGAAACCGCUCAUCAAGAUCAACAUGGAUGGGAUACCUAUUGGAAGAAAAGUAGACCUCGCAUCAUGUGACAACUACCAUAAGCUGUCGAGUGCCGUCGAAGAGUUGUUCCGAGGCUUUCUUGAAGCCCAGAAGGAUUUAUCUUGUGAUGAAAGCGGAGUGCGAGGAGCAGAAGAGAAAUUAUUUUCAGGGUUGCUGGAUGGAACCGGUGAAUACGCUCUAGUGUACGAAGAUGACGAAGGGGACAGGAUGCUGGUCGGGGACAUACCAUGGAGUGUGUUUGUUUCGACUGCGAAGAGACUGAGGGUCAUGAGGAGGUCAGAGCUUCCCCAACGCAUGAAAAAUGUAGUGCCACCUCAACUUGUCUGGUUUUCAUUUUGGGCAUUUACAAGACUGCUAGUCACCGGUUAUAUAUAG